UUUGUCACGUGACGGGAAGUAUGUGUUAGAAGUUCAAAGCUCCCAGUAAGUGUGUGUAUUUACGAUGCAGCGACACACGACUCCCAAGUGUCGAUAGACCACGACCAUUCCUCCACCCUGGAGGACGAACUGCCGGUGAACCGGGUCGUGGUGUACUUUGAACCUGAUACGUCCGACUUCCUGCUUUGGGCUAAGAACCCUCACCCUUGACAUGCUAGUUGUGGCUAAGUGACGAGCUAACUGGGAUCGUCGCUCGUCGUGUGCGCUCUGCUGACGCUGGAGCUUCCCGACAGGCUCUUUGUCGUCGUCACGUCGUCCUCGUCCAGCUGAUGUGUGUUGGUCUAAGCCUGUUCGUCCCCGGCGGGCGGAGCAUGUCAUGCUAACUGUCCCAAGAGGUCCUGACCGGACGUGACAGUGGCGACAAGUUGGCGGCGACAUGGUCUGAACUCAACUAGGUCGACAAGUUGACGGGGAGCGUCAGCUGUGUUCUGUGUGUGGACACAUCGUACACCUCCGGGCUACAACCAAGACCAUCAUCUUCAUCGUCCUCCUCCUCCUCCUUGGAGCAGCUGUCAGGAUGUUGGAGGGCCUUGUUGCCUGGGUGCUCAACACAUACCUGGGCAAAUAUGUGAGCAACCUGAACACAGAUCAGCUCUCCAUCGCCCUUCUGAAGGGUGCCGUGGAGCUGGAGAACCUCCCUCUCAGGAAAGAUGCCCUCCGAGAGUUUGAUCUGCCAUUUGAAGUCAAAGCAGGCUUCAUUGGAAAGAUCACUCUGCAGAUCCCUUUCUACCGGCCUCACAGUGACCCAUGGGUCAUCUCCAUGUCCCAACUCAACCUGAUCAUUGGUCCCGCCCAGCUGCAGGAGUAUGAUGCUGAGAGGGAGCGAGAGGAGGAGAGGGAGCGCAAAAAACGUCUGCUCAGGGCUCUGGAAGACAAAUUCAAGAGUGAGUGUGAACAGAGAGGGGAGUCUUACUGGUACUCUGCCACUGCCUCGGUGGUCACCAGGAUUGUGGAAAACAUAGAGCUGAAUAUCCAAGAUGUGCAUCUCCGAUUUGAGGAUGAUUUCUCCAACCCAGAGAAACCCUUUUCCUUUGGUGUUUGCAUCAAAAAUGUUUCUGCUCAGAACCCCUCGAAAGAGCCGGUUCAGAAGCUUGUCCGACAAAAGCAGCUGGAGAUCGAAGACUUCUGCGUCUACUGGGACACCGAGUGUGAAAUGCUGGGAAAAGUGCCUGCAAACCAGAUCCAGGAGGUGAUGACCCGGUGCAUGCAGAGCCGUGAGCAUCAGUACAUCUUCGAGCCGGUGCGUUCCUCCGUGCUGCUCAGAAGAAACACCUCGAAGGAGCCGCUGAGGUCUCGACACACUCCUCGGAUUGAAGGCCAGGUUCAGCUGGAGCCCAUGUCCCUUCGCCUGUCACAGGUGCAGUAUCAGCAGAUCAUGGCCUUCCUCAAAGAGCUGGACCGCAGAGAGAGAGAGAUGCUUUAUCGAAGGUGGAGACCCAAAGUCCCCAUUUCAGGGAACUGCCGGCAGUGGUGGACAUUUGCCAUCCAGGCCAAUCUGUGUGACAUCAGGGAGCAGCGGCGGCAAGGCAGCUGGGACUUUGCCUUGCAGCGAGCGCGAGACGCCCAGACCUACACCAGCCUCUACUUCAGAAGGCUCAAAGCCGUCCCUCUGAGUCCACAGGAAGAGAGUGAGCUGGAGCGAGUGGAAGAGGAGCAGACUGUAGACGAACUGCAGAGUCUACGAGAAAUCGUCCAUGACUGGUUUCGAAAGCAGGAAGAGAUUGCAGAGAAUGUGCGAGAGCCCAGCAGCGAGCCCCAACCCUGUUCACCAACCACAUACAUCCCUAAGAGUGGGAGCUCAGGGAUGAUUCAGUACCUGCAGUCGUGGUUCCCGGGCUGGGGAGGCUGGUACGGAGAUUCCCAAGACCCUGACAGGCCUGAAGAGCUCCUGCCGAGUCCAUCUUCCUGGGACAUUCUUGCGGAGACAGAAGACUUGUUCGAUCCGUUAGAGGACUCUCACACACUGAACACCUUCACCAGGCGAGACCACCUGUUUGCCCGGCUGGAGUUCUUACUGGAGAAGGGCGGAGUCACGCUCUUCCACCAGGACAGGAGGGGGGGCACGCUGAAAGAGAGUGGCGUCAUCCAGUUGGAAUUCUCAGGCGUGAAGGUGAUCUUGGAGUCUCUCCCCCGCUCCGAGUCCUCCCUUCUGUCUGUGAAGCUGGGGGGUUUGUUUCUGAGAGACUUGACCACUCAAGACACCAUCUUCCCUGUUCUGGUGUCUCCCAAAACUGUAAGCAGAACAGACAAAGUUGUUGUUACCAUUAAUCAGCCAUCUGGACAGUCCAGCAGUACCUCUGAAUGCAGUGCAGCGUGCUUAUCAUCACCGGUGUUUGAGAUGAUUUAUGAGCAUAACCCUGCGAGGUGUAUGUUUGAGAGAAGAUUGGAAGUGAACACUAGUCCAUUGAACAUCAUCUACAACCCACAAGCAAUCAAAAAAGUUACAGAGUUCUUCUAUAAAGGAAAAGUUCACACCUCAGGUUUUGGCUAUCAGUCCGAGCUGGAGGUUCGAGUGGCAGAGGCUGCAAGGAGACAGUACAACAAGCUGAAGAUGCAGACAAAGGCAGAAAUCCGACAAACCAUUGACCAACUACUUGUGGGAGAGUUUAUUGAAAACAGUAAGCGCUGGACUAUGAAAUUGGACAUCUGUGCACCCCAGGUGAUUUUUCCAGAUGACUUCCAGUCAGGAGACCCGAUGUUAGUUGUUGUUGAUUUAGGGAGGAUUCUACUCACAAACUCUCAAGAUGACAACAAGGCCAACUCUAAAGCUACUCAGCCUGAAAAGGAAGUCAUGAGUGAUGAUGAGUACCAGACGCCCCUUGCCACACCACCAGAGUCUCCACCACCUGAACUAGACAUGCCUGUGAAAGCACAACUUACAAGUCCUGACCUUCCCAGCUUUGGAUCUCCUGAGAGUAUACAGGCCUACAGCAAAAAGCUUUAUGAAAAAUACUCUUUGUCCUUUAAGGACCUGCAGAUAAUGGUUGGUCGCUAUAAGGACAGCUGGAAACAUCUUCAAGAAAGUGAGGUAGGCCCCACUCAUGUGGUGGAGAAGUUCAAUGUGCUGCUACAGCUUGAGCAGCGACUACGUUAUACGUCAGACCCCCAGCUUCCUGGUGCUGUGCUGUCAGGAACCCUGCCAGACCUCAAAGUCCAUAUCAACCUUGAGAAGAUGACUGCCCUUAGGAGCUGUUUAGCAAGGCUUAGCAGCCCAGCUGAAAACGAAAAGAACAAAAGUCAAGACAGAGGCCCGCAUAUAAGGUCCCCUGACCCUCUUACCCUCCGUCAUGACAAGAUAUUUCAGAGGGAGGACAGCUCCUGGAAGCUCCAGGGUUCAGCUAAGAACCUGACACAGAGUGUGAUGACUUUAGAGCAGCACACACGGGAAGUCCUGGUGGAAUCCCGUUUACUCUUAGCUGAAUUCAACAUUAACUACAUGCAGCUUGGGGUAGAAAGUGAUGGCCGCUACAUAUCUGUUCUUAAGGUAUUUGGCACAAAUGCUCAUUUUGUGAAGCGGCCUUAUGAUGCUGAAGUCUCUCUGACUGUCCACGGUCUUCUGCUUGUGGACACUUUACAGACUUAUGGCUCAGACUUUGACCUCCUUGUGGCUUCUCACAAGCAUCUCAGUUUUGACAUACCCACAGGCAGCCUCAGAGAGAGCCUACCUUCAUCCCCUAUGUCGUCCACCGAUGGUAGGUCUCCCGAACAUCAGUGCCACCAUACUGAGUCAUCCUGUGGCAUUCCUGUGGAUAGAAUCUCUGCUUUCAGUUCCCUUUUCAAGGAACAAGAGGCUCUAAUUAAGCUUGAAUACCAGUUUGUGAGCUCAGACUGCCCCUCCAUGAACCUGGAUAGUUCCCUUCAGGUGACAAGCAUUCAAGUCAACAACCUGGACAUCAUUCUCAACCCUGAGACCAUGGUGGAGUUACUCAAGUUCCUCCAGAAGUCUUUCCCCAAAGAGGAAAGCACCUGGACACCAUCGGCACAACCACAUUCAGCACAAUCCUACAGUGAGGAAGAGGAGGUCACUUACCAGGCCACAUAUGACCAGAACAAAGAGCUGACUGUAGAGAUCCACCGCCUUAACCUGCUUCUUCUUCGGACCGUGUCCACUGGCACUGUCCUGGUUGCUGAGAAGAGAGGGCUUAAGAUUGCUACUGCCAGCAUCACUGGCACCAAGGUCAAUGUGUCCAUGGGCAGUCGGUUGGACAUCAAUGGUUCACUCGGGUCAAUGCAGUUGGUGGACUUGUCCCAGGAAGGAGGCCGAAGCCAGUUUGUGGUCAGCAUUGGCAGUGUUGAGGACAGCUCCCCAACUCUUGGCGGACUAACAUGCCUUGCUGAUACAGGAGGUUCUCCCUCAGAAGCCUUAUAUUUUCACCUCAUGGAGAAAAGCCAAGGGGAGUGUUCUUUGCAACUUCAGAUGGCAUCGCUGCACUAUAACCACUCUGCUAAGUUCUUGAAGGAGCUAAGUCUAUCUGCUAACGAGGUAGAAGACAAUUUUCGCUCCAUGUUGAAAAGUGCUGCCACCAAAGUGUCAACAGUUCUAGCCACCAAGACAGCAGAGUACAGCGGUAUGGUUUCGCUCUUUGAGACUCCCUCACGGAGAAGUCGAAGUCAGAGUCAGAGCUGGGCGUAUCCAUUUGAGGAUGAGGAAGAUGUUCCUGUGGAAGAACAUGAAUCCACCAUAGACACUUUCUUGGUGAAGCUCAACCUUAAUGUCAGCAUUGAAUCACCAGUCGUGUCCAUUCCCCGUAAACCUGGACAUCCUGAGCUAUUGGUUGGUCAUCUGGGAAGCAUAACAAUCCAAAAUUUUGUUACGGGGCAAGAAUCUGAAGGAGAGAGGUUGCAGGUUUUUGUCAAGGAUAUUCGUCUGUAUUCACUCAACAUGAGUCAUUUGGUUCUGAAGAGGCCAUCUAGAAGGGAUAGUGCUAGCACCAUGUCACCAUCCUGCAAUGGGAGCAUCAGUGAGGGUGAACCACAGUUCACACGUCAUGACUUCUUUGAGUACCUCAGCCGGGGAAAAGCCUUCCACAUAUUGAAAGACACCACCAUACAGUUCACCCUGGAGAAAGUUCCAUUUGACGAAGACACCCAGUUUACCUUCCUCACCACAGAGGACCCCUGCAGGAGCACAGGUUUACUGAGAAUUGAGGGCAAAUUCGUCAACCCUGUUCAGGUGUUCCUGUGCAAGUCUGUGUAUGAACAAGUCCUUCAGACACUAGACAGUUUGUCCCUGAUUGAAGAGCAACGUGUCACACCCAGUCAACCGCCCACACCACCACCACCUACUCCUUCCUCCACCAGACCUCACCGCUUCCCUGACCCCCAGGGUGGACUGUUUGCAAGGGACCCUCCCCAUACCAGUUUUUUGUCCCUUUCUUCUCCAUUGCCUCUACAGUCUCACAAACCUGCUUGCUCUUCUUCAUUCACUCAGCUAAAAGUCACCUUAAACGUGGCAGAGUUGCAGGUGCAACUCAGUGCUGAUCUGACCCAGGGUUCCCAGGGCUUAGUCAGUCUGCGCUUUCAAGAUUUGGAAGGAGAUUUUACCAAAGACCACCCUCACUUACUGACAGUCCAACUGGCUCUGCGGUCGCUGCUAAUGGAAGACCUCCUAGAACAAAACCCUGAAUCAAAGUACAAACAUUUGAUGGUGUCUCGUGGCGCACCCAAGCCCUCCACCUUCAGUCGAAAGGAGUACCUUUCUCAAAGUUGUCCAUCAGCAUCCAAUGCUCUGUACCCAGACAUGCCUCGUUCACUGCCCGCCCACAUGGAGGAGGCCAAGAACGUCUUCCAGCUCUACCAAAGGCAUCCCAACACCCCUUCAGCAAACAGUCGCAAAUCCAAGAGGGAUCCAGACUGUCCAAGCACUCCACCUCCCUCUCCCACCCACCAUGUACACUCCCCUCAGCCACCCCCAAACUUUGAUGACUCAUUAGUUCAUAUCAAUGUGCUGCUCGUAGACCAGAAUCACCCAGAGUUCAAAACCCGUUAUGGCAGUGUUGGGCGAAGUGUGGAUGUUGACUUCAACUGCCUGGACGUUUUGAUUACACUGCAGACCUGGGUGGUUAUCCUGGACUUCUUUGGAAUUGGCUCCACAGCCAAUAAUCAUGCAAUGAAGGUCUUCCCUAUGUCAACCCAACCUGCGCCAGGACACCCUCUGUACGACUCAGACAUCAGUGAGGAGGAGACAACAACAUUCAAUAGUAAAGUGGACCUCAAGGUCCAUUCUCUGUCUCUUGUAUUGAACAAGAAAUCCAAUGAGCUUGCCAGAGCUAGUGUGUCCAAAUUAUCUGCUCAUCUGGAAAUGUUAGAUGGCAACCUGGCAUUACAAGGCAGUUUAGGAAGUUUGUCCCUGAGUGACUUGACCCCACAUGGUGAUCUCUACCGAGAGCGCUUCACCACACGAGGAGGAGAGGCCCUUAUUUUCAACAUCCAGAAGUACGGCCAGCCUGAUCCCUACCUGGAGAGGGAUUGUGACAUCAAGGUGUCUUUGCAGAUGGCCUCAGUGCAGUAUGUCCACACACAGCGCUUCCAGGCUGAGGUGGUGGCUUUUAUUCAACACUUCACCCAGCUACAGGACGUCCUGGGCAGGCAGAGGGCUGCAAUGGAGGGCCAGGCUGUGUGUGAUCACCCUCAGCGAGCGUCCAGGGUUUUGCUGGAUAUCGAGGCGGGUGCCCCAGUUAUUCUCAUCCCAGAGAGCUCACGGUCAACAAGGGUCAUUGUAGCCAACCUGGGACAGCUUAGGGUGCAGAACUGCUUCCUGCCAGCCGGGGCUCACGGAACCUUUUCCCUCCGAGACAAGGAGCUUGUCCGGAGCGCAGCAGGACGCAGAAGUGAGCAGGAGAAACCCAGAACCUCCUCCACAGGCUUCACCCUUGGCAGGCCACAGGCCCCUGACAUCGGGGGGACCCUGGAAGAGAAUGGCCCUCACAGCUUCGAGAACCAUGUUUGCUUGUUGGACUGCAUCGCGCUGGACCUACAAGAAAUGGAUAUCUUUGCCGCAGAGCGUAUGGCCUGUGUUGGUAAACCUCCCGACACCUCAGACCUCAUCUUUCCUUCCUACUCUGUCCGUCGCACUGGAGAAAACCUGCUGAAAGACUGCUGCCGCCUUAAGCUGAAGUUGGAACGUAACCUGGACAAGGAGAUGAGCCAUGCAGUACCUGACAUGUCCAUCCACGGCAGCCUGUCAUCAGUCCACUGCUGUCUGGACCUGGAGCACUACCAACUGAUUCGGGGGCUGCUCGAGAACAACCUGGCAGAACCAGUUGAAGAAUUUUUGCGACCAUACAACCUGCAAGACCCAAGCACCUAUACGGUGUUAAGUGGAGAUGUCUACACUAACUUGUCCUUCCUGGUGGACAUGAUGGAUGUCAGUCUGGAGCUCUUGGACAGCCCUACCCCUGCUGAACACAAACGCUCAUUAGCGAGAUUCGACUUCAUGAAAUCCAAGCUGCUCUUUGAGAGUUUAUCCAAUGGAACCAAGUCUAUCAACUUGGUAUCUCACUCGCUGCUUGCAUUUGACACUCGGUCCACUGGGCUGAACAAAAGUACUGGUAGAGCUAAUGGAGUGAAACACAACGCCUUUGACUGCAUCCUUCAGCCCUCCAAAACAGGCACCAACAGGGCUUCACUACAGUUGGAACUCCAUUACAGGUCCACACGGGAUUCCUCUUGCUUCACAGUGGUCCUCAACAACCUGAGGGUCUUUCUCAUCUUUGACUGGCUCCAUCUGGUGCGAGACUUUCUUCGGAAGCCAGUGGAGAAGGUGCUGGGAGGUACUGAGGUUCGCCAUCGAUGGCCCAGUAACACCAGUACGGACUCGGGCACCGCCACUACUAGCACCACCGGGGCCGUCAUGCCAAAGACAGUCAAGAGUGGUGUGGUCACCAAGAGGUCCACAGUGCCAGUCAUCCAGGACCACUGUUUGGAGGUCAAGAUCAAUGUCACAGGCACAGAGUUUGUGGUCGUGGAGGACUCGUCCUGUCUGGAUACCAACGCGAUCAUUCUGAAAGGCACCACGGUCCUCACCUACAAACCCCGUCUGCUGGACCGACCCUUUUCUGGCAGCCUUGCAGGAAUCGAGGUGUUCUCGUGUCGGCUCGGCAGUGAGCAGGAGACGGCGUUGUCCAUUAUCGACCCCGUCAAUGUGCAGGUGGAGCUGUGUGGGAGUCCCACAUACCAGAGCAGCUCGGGUCUGCUGGACGCCUUCAAUGUGGAGGACAUCCCACCACUGCUGGAGAUUCAGUUUCCUGCUCUUGACAUCCGUCUGUCCUACAAGGACAUUCAGCUCUUCUUGGCCAUCGCCAGGUCCAUCCCAACGGCGAGUGCUCCACUGCCACCUGACUCUGAUCUGGUGUCAGAGACCAGCACUUCAGACACGUCCAGGCAACAGACGGAGGCACUCGCAGCAGAAGGCCAGCUGACCCGUCUACAGGACCUCGGCUUCAGGAAAGAGGACUGUAAGAGAGCUCUGAUCCAUUGUAAAGGCCAGCUGGAUCAAGCAGCCACGUGGCUCCUGGAGAAUGCUGAGAGCAUAGCCGGCCGUCCCAAGGUCCAAGGUGAACCUGGCUCCAGCAGCCACUCUGCUCCUCUGUCUGGGGUGGAGGUGAAGGCUGAGAGUGUCUGCAUCUGCUUCAUCGAUGACUGUCUGGACUGUGACAUACCCCUGGCUGAGUUCACCUUCUCAAGGCUUUAUGUGCUGCAGCGCAUCGGUUCCACGCAGGAAGGAAAUGCCAGCUUCACUUUGUCUGGAGACUACUACAACAGAGAGCUGUCAGGCUGGGAGCCCUUCAUCGAGCCCUGGCCCUGCUUCCUGUCUUGGCAGCAGCAGGCCGCUGGCCGUCUACACCCACCACGUCUCAAGAUGGGGGUUCGAGCCAAACAGAGACUGGACAUCAACAUCACCUCGGUGCUGUUGGAACAAUACAACACCACCAAGAGCUCCUGGAUCGCUGACUACUGUAGUGAGGAGGAACACAGCCCUAAGGCUCUGCCCCCCAUGCCCUGGAUGGGCUCAUCAGUCGACCCACCCAGCUUCGGACAGACAGACGUCAAACUGUCCAAGCGUAGGCAGCCAUUUGUGCCAUAUGCUCUGCGCAACCACACAGGAUGCACCAUGUGGUUCGCCACUCUGACCACAACCCCCACAAGAGUGGCGUUGUCACACAGCAGCAGCGCAGACUCCAUCUCAGACGUCCACGGUCCAGGAACUGAUGACACUCACAACGUCAGCCAAUGGAGGGAGGUGUUGCCUGGGGAGGAGAUUCCCUUUGAGUUUGAAGCCAGAGAGAAACUCCGCCACCGACACACUCAUGAGCUGAAGCUGCACCAGCUGCUGGUGAGGGUUUGUGGAUGGGAGCAAAUCAAACCAGUGUCUGUGGACAAAGUUGGUGUUUUUUUCCGUUACGCAGCCCCGGAUAGACACAGCUCUUCCAACACUGUUGGCAGUCCUAUUAGCAGGACCAACAUCAUCCACCCACAUGUUUACUUCUCAGCCCUGCCCCCAGUCAGAGUGGUGUUUUCCAUCACGAUGGAGGGCAGUGCCAGGAAGGUCAUCACUGUGCGCUCUGCCCUCAUGGUGAAGAACCGGCUGGAUGUUCCUAUGGAAGUCAGACUCGACAGUCCCUCCGCUCCUGACAAACCGGUGGUGCUGCCUCCCAUCCUGCCUGGUCAGGCCUUGGCAGUCCCCCUCCACCUGACGUCCUGGCGGCUGCAGGCUCGGCCCAAAGGCCUGGGCUUAUUCUUCUGUAAGGUUCCCAUCCACUGGACCAGCGUGGAGCGGCAAGGGGAGAUCAGCAGUAGUAAGAGGGAGUGUCAGUCAGCAGACUUCAAUGACAACCUCAAGCAUAACUUCAGGUUUUGUGUGGUCAUCAAAAAGGAGAGCUACCCAGACCAGCAGCCUGCCAAGAGAGUUUCUGGAAGUGCGAAGCAGAUCUACCGACAGCCAGGCCACACCGUCUACCUGCUGCCCACCAUGGUGCUGGCCAACCUGCUGCCGUGUGACCUCAACUUCUACAUCAAAGGAACAUCCAUCAAAGGCUCACUGAAGCCGGGAAAAGAGGCCAUCCUCCAUUCAGCCGACACCUCGCAGAACGUAGAGCUAGGAGUCCUGCUGGAGAACUUCCCCUUGUGCAAAGAGCUACUGAUUCCUCCUGGGACACAGAACUAUGUGGUACGCAUGCGGCUGUAUGACUCCAACAAACGUCUGCUUUGCCUCACCAUCCGCAUAAUACUGCGGGCACAAGGGGCACUGAAGAUCCUGAUCUCUGCCCCCUACUGGCUGGUCAACAAGACUGGUCUGCCAUUGAUUUUCCGUCAGGACAACGGUAAGGCCGAUGCAGCUGGUCAGUUUGAGGAGCAUGAGUUGGCCCGAAGCCUCAGCCCAUUGCUGUUCUGCUACACGGAUAAGGAACAGCCUGCUAUGUGUACUAUGCGGAUCGGGAAAGGAAUCCACCCAGAGGGAGUUCCAGGCUGGUGCCAGGGCUUCUCUCUGGACGGAGGGAGUGGAGUCAGGGCAGUGAAAGUGAUACAGCACGGGAACAGGCCUGGCCUCAUCUACAACAUAGGAAUCAGUGUGCAGAAAGGGAAAGGACGCUACAGGGACUCUCACAUAGUGACAUUUGCUCCACGCUACCUGCUGGACAACCGCUCCACACACAAACUGGCCUUCGCUCAGAGAGAGUUUGCGAGAGGAAAGGGUACGGCCAACCCAGAGGGUUACAUCUCCACCCUGCCUGGCUCCAACGUCGUCUUCCACUGGCCCCGCAACGAUUACGACCAGCUGCUGUGUGUGCGCCUCAUGGACACACCCAACUGCACCUGGUCCGGAGGCUUCGAGGUCAACAAACUCAAGUCCUUCCACGUCAACAUGAGGGACACACUGGGGAACUGUUUCUUCCUGCGGACAGAGAUCACUCUGAAGGGAGCCACCUACCAGAUCUCCUUCACCGACUCUGACCAGCUGCCUCCGCCCUUCCGCAUUGAAAACCUCUCUGAGGUGCCUAUCCAGUUCUGGCAGCAUGGUGUGGCUGAUAUCCGGCUGCACACUGAGGUGAAGGCAGGCGCCGAGCUGGACUAUGCCUGUGAUGAGCCCACCCUGCUCCCCUACCUCACACUGACUGUGAAGGGAGCUGGAUCCUCCGAGGUCACAGCUGACAUGAACUACUUCAGAGAAUACAAUAAACUCUACUAUGAGAACUUCAUCUACAUUGCAGCAACACACACGUUCACAAAGGUUGUUGAGAAAAGACCUGUUGGGAAUAAACGUCCGGUAAGCUGUGCUGAACUGGUUCUUGAUGUGGACACCAAGACUCAAAGAGUCAUCCUGAAAAAGAAGGAGCCAGGGAAGCGCUCCCAGCUGUGGAGGAUGACCGGGACCGGCAUGCUAUGUCACGAAGGCUCGUCUCCGCCGCUGAGCAAGCCGGCCCAGCCACGCCCACUGGACUCCUCUCUGGUGCUGGACAUCGCUGGGCUCGCAGCCGUCACUGACAACAGUUUUGAGCCAUUGAUGCUGAGGAGGCCAGACUCGCGCCGCAGCACCACCCAGACGUGGUACUUCAGCUCAGGCAUGCUGACCUGUGGCCUUCUGCGGCUGGUAGUACAGGUGAAGUGUGGUGUGGCAGGCCUGUAUGACGGAGUAGAGGUGGUGCUGGGACCAGACUCUGGGCUGAUGGUGCCUGGUCCUGAGCAGCAGUUCAUCAACCAGAAGAUGAGACCAGGUUCUGGGGUGUUGUCGGUCCAGGUGCUGCCAGACGGACCCACUCGUGUCCUGCAGAUCAGUGACUUCAACCAGAGGAGAACGAUCCGCAGCUCGCCUACCACUGAACAGGACCGGAGCAAAGAGGAUGUGAAGAAGAGAGAGCCUCAGCAGGAACUGGAGCUGUUGGUGAACUUGGAUGAAGGUCUGGGCAUAUCUCUGGUCAACAAAGUUCCUGAGGAGCUUGUGUUCACUACGUUGUCUGGUAUCGAUGUGCACUUCACUCACACUGCUGCCAGCCAGGUGUUGGAAGUCAGCAUUCAGAACAUCCAGGUGGACAACCAGCUGCUGGGCACCACGCAGCCCGUCAUGUUGUGUGUCACCCCUGGGUCCAGUGAGAGCAGCUUCAACGAUAGUGGCCCGGCUCUGCAGGUCAAUUCCGUCAAGGUUCCCAGCAACCUCAUGCUCACUGAUCUCUUCAAGCACCUCAUGGUGACGGCUCAGCGCUUCACUGUCAUCAUCGAGGAGAAGCUGCUGCUCAAGCUGCUCAGCUUCUUUGGAUACGGACAGAUAGAGCCUGAGCUGGAGAAGCUGGAUGACCUCCAUGAGAAGCUCAGUGAGGAUGCAGGAGCUCCCAAACGUUACUACUUUGAGAACCUGAAGAUCAGUCUGCCUCAGGUCAAACUGAGUGUCUUCACCUCCCACAAGCUGCCUCCGGAUCUCGAGACUCUGAAAGGCACCCUGGGCUUCCCUCUGGUUCGUUUUGAAGAUGCUGUCAUCAACAUGUACCCGUUCACCAGAGUUCACCCCUACGAGACCCAGGAGAUCAUCAUCAAUGACAUCCUCAAGCACUUCAGAGAGGAGCUGAUCAGCCAGGCAGCUCAGAUCCUGGGCUCUGUGGACUUCCUGGGGAAUCCGAUGGGCCUCCUCAACGAUGUGACCGAAGGCGUGUCCGAGCUCAUUAAGUACGGCAACGUCGGUGGUCUUAUACGCAAUGUGACCCACGGUGUGUCCAACUCCGCUGCCAAGUUUGCAGGGACGUUAUCCGACGGGUUGGGGAAGACCAUGGACAACCGGCACCAGAGUGAGCGAGAGUACAUCAGAUACCACGGAGCCACCAGUGGAGAGCACCUGGUCGCAGGGAUCCAAGGACUGGCUCAUGGUAUUAUUGGCGGCAUGACGAGCAUCAUCACCUCCACAGUGGAGGGCGUGAAGACGGAGGGCGGAGUCGGUGGAUUCUUCUCAGGCUUCGGUAAAGGCUUGGUGGGAACUGUGACCAAACCAGUGGCCGGAGCUCUGGACUUUGCCUCAGAGACGGCACAGACGGUGCGGGACAUGGCUAGUCUCAGUAACCACAGGCUGGGUGUGCAGCGGGUCAGGAAGCCGCGCUGCUGUAAGGGUCCUCAGGGUCUGCUGCCCCGCCACUCUGCCACACAGGCUGAUGGGCAGGAGCAGCUCUUCCGCCUCACUGACAACAUCCACUCAGAGUUCUUCAUCGCUGUGGAGCCCAUCGACAGCUACUGCGUCCUCAUCUCCUCCAAAGUGGUCUACUUCCUGAAGCCAGGGGAAUUCGCCGACCGCGAGGCCAUCUUCCUGGAGGUCAAAUACGACGACCUGUAUCACUGUCUGGUCUCUAAGGAUCACGGGAAGGUCUAUGUGCAGCUCACUAAGAAGGCUGAGAGCACCAGCAGUGGUGUUGCCAUUCCUGGCCCAUCGCACCAUAAACCAAUGGUCCAGGUGAAGAGCGAGAAUCUGGCCAUCAAAAUCUCUCAAGAAAUCAACUACGCCAAGAGUCUUUACUACGAACAGCAGCUCAUGCUGCCUGCCUGUGAGAACGAGGACUACUUACUGCUCGAGUCCUGAUCACAUGACCGACUGUUGUUCAUCCUGUGGAGGAAAAGUGUCCGACAGGAUGCAGUGAAGGGAACAGUUUGUGCAGUAACAUGACCUGAAGUCGGACAAAGCACGCACAUGUACAGGACAAUAAGGUCAUAAUAUUAGUUGGAACACAUCCAUCAAGUUCUACAUGUUUGUGAAUAGACAGAAAUGUAAAUAGAGUGUCAGUGUACAUACAGUAAGAAUUGUGAAGUGUAGGAAUAACGAGAAGUUCAAAUAAUGUGAAGUGUAUCAAACUACUACUACAAACAACUCUAUUUUGUGUAUUAAGGUGUGUGUGUGUGUGUGUGUGUGUGUGUGUGUGUGUGUGUGUGUGUGUGUGUGUGUGUGUGUGUGUGUGUGUGUGUGUGUGUGUGUGUGUGUGUGUGUGUGUGUGUGUGUGUGUGUGUGUGUGUGUGUGUGUGUGUGUGUGUGUGUGGGGAGAGCAGCAGCCUUUUUGGAGCUGAGCCCACUGUUUCUCCUCACUCCCUCUGCUCCUGUCAGGACUUUGGGUUUGUGUCUUUCUGGUGUUGCAGAUUUAUUUUCUGGAUCUGAUUUUGAAUUGUAUGUUUGAUAGUAGGAGAGAAUAUUCUGUACAAUAACAUUCACAUGGACACUGCUUUAAAUAAAACACCACAAAUGCA